CGUCUCCCCUCGCGGCGCCGUAGUACGUCAGGCGCGCUGCGCUGGGUCCAAGAUGGCGGCGCCCGUGUGCUGCCGGGGGCUCGGGCUCCGAGUGCUCUCCUGGAGCCGAGAGCUGCCGUUCUCCUGGCGCGCUCUUCAUACGUCCGCGGUCUGCGCCAAGAACCGGGCAGCCCGAGUCAGAGUGGGCAAGGGGGACAAGCCGGUGACGUACGAGGAGGCGCACGCACCGCACUACAUCGCCCACCGCAAGGGCUGGCUGUCGCUGCACACAGGUAACCUGGAUGGGGAGGAUCAUGCUGCAGAGCGAACAGUGGAGGAUGUUUUCCUCCGAAAGUUCAUGCUGGGCACCUUCCCAGGGUGUCUGGCCGACCAACUCAUCCUAAAGCGCCGGGCUAACCAGCUGGAGAUCUGUGCCCUGGUCCUGAGGCAGCUGCCUGCACACAAGUUCUACUUCCUGGUGGGCUACAGUGAGACUCUGCUGUCCCACUUUUAUAAAUGUCCCGUCCGUCUGCACCUCCAGACUGUGCCCUCCAAGGUCGUGUAUAAGUACAUCUAAGACAGUCACCUUUUCUGCAUCAGGCUCUAGCCUGCGAAGGACAGAACCGUGUGGGAAAGGAGUGAAGUAGAAAUGGGGAAAUACAUCCCCUCACUGUCUCGAGGAUUCCUUUUCAAAGCUGCUGUUGAAUAAAUAGACCUUCCGUGUU